CUCAAAGGAACCAAGACAGAUGGAAGUCCUGGAGUUUGUGGCCCAAGUGAAUGACACCCUGCCCAGAGCCUUGCUGGGGCAGUAAAUGUGGCCUUGCAAGAAGAGGAGGAAAUGCCCGGUGCUGUGCGGUGGCCCAGAAGCAGCUGCUGGGAACAGCAUGGGCUCUUGCCUACUGUGAGUGCCUCAAAGAAGAAGCAGGGUACAAGGCUGAAGAAGUACCUGGGUCAAGGAAUGAUAAAGAAUAUGGCUGUUGCCCCUAAAUCCGAGAAGCAUCACAAGAAGUUGGCUGUUGAAGCAGAAAUCCACAGUGAGAAGAAGAACACUGUGCACAAGCAUGAGACCAGGCCCCACAAGGCUGCACAGGAGGGAAGUUCUCAAGGUAUUAUGAUGCACAGCAAGCAACGAGAACAUUCGAUUCUGCCCUAUAGCUCAGUGACCUUGGAGCAACAACCAAUGAUUUCUUUUCCCCUGGAGCCCAGUGGUCUCUCUGCCAGGCCCCAAAGAUUCUCAAGUGUGAUCCUGCAACCCUGUGCCACCCCUGGCCCUCUUCUACUGCAGCCACAGGUCCCUAAUGCCGCCAAGCAGGACUCUGUUGCUGCUGCCUUAGAGUGGCAGAGGAAGCUGGAGGCUGCGGAGGCUCUGCUGGCUCUGAAAACUUCUUGUCAGGCUCCUCCUGAUUCAGCCCCUCUGCAAAAGUGUGGCAACAUGCCAGCAAAUGGCCAGUACCUGAAGGAAAAACAAAGCAAGCCAAAACAGAACUACCACCAUCACAACGACAACAGCAAACAAAAACCGGUCCUGCUGGAGAGAGUGCUGCAGCCUCAUAGCUCCUACCUUCCACCACAGCCUGAAAGCUCUGUCUCACUCACUGGGCAUCUGGAGUGUGUGUCCUUCUUGAGUUAAGAGACCAGAGAGGGAUGCCUCACUAAAGCACUGCCUGCUUGGUAUCCUGUUUCAUGUCUAAAGUGACUAGUGUUUUACAAUUUUCUUAUUUUUGAGAUAAGUUCUUACAUAGCCAGCCUGGCCUUGGACUCAGUAUAUAGUUGACGAUGACUUUGAAACUCCUGAUCCUUUUGCCUCCACCUCCGAAGUGCUGGGAUUACAGGCAUGUGCCACCAUGUCUGGCUUUUCCCCCCAAUUAUUAGUGUUUUCAGUUUUCAGGAGUUGUAUAAGCUUUCAGACCCUUUUUAUGAUAUAGGGCAUUUACUUGACUGAGGUUCAAUGUUGUACCUCUAUCUGUUAUUCCUUUGGAAUAAUUGCUUUUUAUGCUUCUUAGGAAAACAAUACUGUGUGAUCUAAUGUGAUCAAUUGAUGGGAUUCCGAGUGGGUUUCUACACCAUUGUUUUCAUUUGUCCUGUGAUUCUACACACACUGACACACUCUUGUAUGUAAUCAUUCAUGUGAGAUCAUUGAAGAUUUUUCACUCUGUGUCUAGGCAUGUGUGUAUGUGUGAACAAAUAAUAAACACGUGUUGUAGGCACUGAAAAUAUGAGUUUUUUGUUACAACAGUAUAAGACAAAUAUCAAGGAGGCUUGUUUACCUUUACCAAGCCCCAAGUUAACUAACAAAUUGUUUUUUAAAAAAUUAAUAAUUUGAUGAAAAGUCCAAACCUUGAUGCAGCAGACAUUAGUUGAAAGGCUUUCUUAAAAGUGCCCUUUAUUUGCUACCCAGGGUAACACAUAGAGUAAUUGAUGAGAACAUUUUUAAAGUUUGGAUAUUCUGAGUCUUCUGCUGAAUUUCCAAACACGUGAACUGCAGACCCUACCAGGCAGACAGCUAUCUAACUGGAUAUAGCUUGAUCUAGACUUUUUAUUGUACUUUUACUUCCUUCCUUUCUU